AUGGAUAGGUUAAAGAGCGAAGUCUACAACAAGGAGAACCCAGUGGCUAAAAUCGAAGCCAAGGCCGCUGUUAAUGUGGUUGAGGUAGGGCAGCAAGUUGGUUUACGAAGGCGUUUUAUCCCACCGAGGCAUGGAUCAAAGGUGCUAGAGGCUCGUACGGUGGAGAUUUCUUGGCCCAGGGGCUGAACGCGUGCUGGGAAUCGGUUGGCAGAGACAACUUCCAACCUCAUUCGUUACACUCCUAUUUCGUCAAAGCUAUUCAAGCCGAGAGUAAUUUGAGGUGGGAAGUGUUGAAAAUUAGCGACUCGAGAAGCUUUGCCAACAGAUUAGCCAUGGCGUACCAAAAUGACAAGUUGUGCUUCACUCUUCAAGUUUCGUUCACAAAGGACAAUGACUUGGCGAAAAGAGAGAAGCCGACUUUCAAAAAUUGGUGGCCUCCGGAGCUGAGAUCAAGUCUCUCCCCUUCCACUUUAGAAGAAAGCCCGGCAAAUGGUUUUACAAGUUUAAGGACCUGGUUGAAAAGCAAUUCGUGUACGAGCACACCAACGGCAACCUUGUCCAUUCUGAUUCCCCUGCACAUUUUCAAAGACACCAAAAACUUUGACCAGAACAAGAUUGCAGAACAAGAAUCUGGAAUGUUUGUCAAGGUUUUGGAUAACUACGACCUCGGCAGGGACAAGUUCCCGAAUAUGGGCAACGAUAGACUCUUGACCAUUAUCAAUUUCUACACCAUGAAGGGGACAAUUGUCGCCACGGCCAUCCAAGAAGCUUAUGGGGUUUUGACUAGGCAAAUGGUGGAGAGGUCACGUGCUUUGCUUGCUAAAUACCACCCUCCAGCCGAAACACAACAAUCAGCCAAAUUGUGA